GUGACUUGACGACAGCUGGUGGCCCAGCGGAAAAGAUAUCCCCCGCCGUUAGGAAAUAUUUUCCUUUCUGUGAUGUCAGUUCGGUGUUUGUUGAAGGCGGAUUGUUACUUGAGAUUUAAAUUUUGAUUACAAAGGAAGACAUUAUUGAUUAUCCCUGGGAGAUCCAGAAAGAUCGGCAGAAGUGGGGGAUUAAGAAGUGUGCCUACGGCAUACUUCCCCCGGAUUUCAAUUUGAAUAACGAUAUCUCCGGAGUUUCUUCGAUAGCUACAGGUGUCCAUGUCCUCUUGGGCCUUUCCCUUACAUCCCACGCUUUCCAACCGCUCUUCAAGUUCCCAAUUCCAGGGCUUCACUGGCCAGGCUCUCCUGAUCAUCAGUCGCCACCUCGCUUCCCCGACCUCAACUCUCCAACCUACUCAUCACGAGAUCGAAUAUCAACAUCCAUCGAGAAUAGAGAAUAGGCCUCUCAUCUGUUCAACAUGGCAUAUCCCGACGCACUGGAUCUCCUUCCGCUCAAUGACGCAGGAUUUGGGUAUCCAUCUGCGAGUUUGAGUGUGGGUGUGGGUGUGGGUGGGGGGUGUUUUCAUCGCGAGAGAGAUAGGCAGCCUAGAAAGGGACAUAAGAAAUCGAGGAGGGGGUGUUAUGAGUGUAAGAGGAGGAAGAUAAAGUGUCAAGAAACCCGCCCCACCUGCCAAAACUGCAGCCGUCUCUCCCUCCGAUGUCGAUACCUCCCAGACUCAGCCUCGAUAGUAACACGCAGCACGCCACUGCUGCAGCCGUUCUCGGCACUGCAGGUAGCGAAUGUGUUUAGUAUGACGGAUAUGAGGCUGUUUCAUCACUUCCUGGUGGCUGCGUGGCCGCAUCUGCCGGUUAGGGCGGAUAAUGUGUGGUUGGAGUAUGUGUUGCCUAUUGGGCAUCAGGUUAGUUCUUUUUGUGUUUGUUUUGUUUUGUUGGGGGUGAGGAGUUGGGGUUGUUCCUCUACUUUUAUAUGUAUUGAGGGAGCUUUCAUUCAUUCGACGAAUAUUGCUUGUUCUCUUUGGAGCUUUCCGCACAUAUUUCUACUUCCACUCAAUGUUUUGACUUCUCAUCAUCGUUUCUACUUUGUCGUUCCUAUCGUUAUCCACUCUCUUCUCAGUGCAGAUGUAAUCUUUCCCUGCCGAAAUUCUCCUGUCUAUUGGAAUGACAUAGGCAAGAAUAAGGCUAAUCAUCCCAUCCAGUGCGAAUACCUCAUGCACGCCAUGCUCGCCCUCUCCGCCUCCCACCUCGAACGCCUCACCCCCUCCCACCUAACCAGCACCGCCCAAUCCCACCGCCUCCUCGCCAUCUCCGGGCUCAACACCGCCCUCUCCCGGCUCCUACCAUCCAGCACCGACGGCGACGCCGCAAUAGCAACAUGCUAUGCUCUCCUCAUGCAGAGCUGGUACAUGGACGAUGGCUUAUCAGCAUCGAUUAUCCUGACUAGGAGUGUGAAUAGUACGACCAAAUGGGUGAGGGAGCAGAGAGUGAGGAGUUUGUUGGCGUGUGAUGAUGAGGGGACGAGGAGGGCGGGUAUGAAGGGGAGGUUGAGGGGUGCGCCGGGGUUUGAGGGCGGGUUUGUCGAUGGUGCGGUGGGGGCUUUGGGGGGGUUGGAGGGGUUGUGUGAGGGGGAGGGGUAUCAGAGGGGGUUGUAUGGGGUGUUGAGGGGGGCGUUUGAGAUGUUGAGGGUUGGUGCUGUGGCUUGCUACGACGCUUACAUCUCCCUCGACACAUUCCUCUCCUCUCUCCCCUCCGCCUCUUUAACCGAACUCCUCGACCCUUCCAUCCGCACGAACCAAAUCCUUCUCGCCUACCUAACUGCCCUACACCUUGUUAUGCGUCCUAUCUCUUGUAGAGAGCGCAGACAGUAUACGGUGUCAUUUUAUGGGAUUAGGAUGAGUACUUGGAUCCCAGGGAUUUGGAAUGAGUUGGGAAGGGGAGAGGUCCAGGGCUUUGGGAGUGGGAGUGGAAUUGAGGGUGGUAUUGAAAGGGAUGUGGACUGGAGGAAGUUGAUGGAGUGGCCGAUGUGGGUUAGUGGUUUGCAUGGAAGAGGGGAGUUGGAGAAGUGGAGUUUGGAAGGGGGUGCUUGUGCUAGUGGAAAGAGGAAGACAGAGAGAGUAGAGGUGGAGGUAGCUGAGCAGAGUUGGAGGAAGAGAGAGGAUUGAGGGAUCUGACAGAGUCUUGGAAAGAUAGAAAUCUAGCGAUGAAGAUGAGGUAGAUGAUUGUAUGGUUGAUGUACAUGAUGAUACUAUGUGACGCUUUAUCUAGACCAAACUCAGAAAUCCUUUGCUCGCCUCCUGGUCUAUUUCUACUUAACGUUUGCUUGAUAAACGCACUUACGUAUCUUUAUGACAGGUGUCUUACGAGUUCUUGAGGGUGAACUGUGAUUCAUACGGCAAGGUACUCAUCUGAAUAGUUCGGAUUGAGUGUUAUUCUUGGUGACUAAAGCUCUCGUGUUAUACUGCUGUUAGUGUGAC